AUGCCACGAUCUUGGGUUAGUCCUGGCGUGGCCUACCUCACUCGAGGUUUCCUUUCUGUCAUCUUUCCGACCGCUUCUUCUAUCAUUAUCAUACAACAUUUGGCCUUUCUGCAAGGCUUUCGAGUCUCCCCGUGGCCUUUGUCCCUGGUGGUUUUGGGCGCAGCCCCUCUGGGGUUUGCUGCUUAUAUAUUCAUGGACGAGAUAUCGCAGCGACGAAGGGCCACUCGACUCGGUGCCAGACUCGUUCCCCGUGUCAAGGGCAAAUUGCCUGGAAAUUUGGACAAGAUAGUGGGCAUAUUCAUGAGGUUGGAGACCGAAUACCUUGGACAACCUGCGCUGGACGAGAUGAAGGAACUUGGGCCAACUUUGAAUUUUAGGUUCUUUUGGGAGGACGAUAUCAUGACCUCAGAGCCCCAACACAUGAAGGCCAUGCUCGUAACUGAUUUCAGAAUUACGUCAAAGUUUGGAGAAGCAGUUGACUCCGUCCUGGGAACGGGUGUAUUUAACUCGGAUGGGAACCUUAGACGCGCUUGUAGGCUUCACCGAACCAUGACACGGCCUUUCUUCAAUAAUGAUCGGAUACGUCAUUUUGAGAUCUUUGACCGUCAUGCGACUCGUACUAUCGCUUUGGCGAAGGAACGUUUCAGGAUGGACUUGGCGAUAGACUUCCAAGAUCUCAUUUCUAGAUUCACGCUCGACUCUGCAUCGGAGUUCCUGUUUGGACAUUGUACCGAUUCACUUUCCGCCGAACUGCCUUUCCCCCAUAACGCGAGAGAAUCCACAAAUACCAUUCAAAAAGACAUUACCGCAGCCUUCUCAGAUGCAUUCUCUCAAGCUCAGCAUGCAAUCAGUCGUCGUAUUAUAAUUGGGUCGACUUGGCCAAUGACUGAAAUUUAUACUGACAGCACCGCGCGACAUAUGAAAGUGGCCAGCGAAUUUUUGGACCCGAUCUUCGAAGCCGCUCUGAAGAGGCAUAGCACGGCUGCCAAAUCGGACGCAAAUGAAACUACGGGCAACGAAACGCUUGUAGAUCAUCUAGUCAAGUUGACAUCGGACUCUAAAAUCAUCAAGGAUGAGACGUUGAACAUAUUGCUGGCAGGAAGAGAUUCGAUCACCUCGACAUUGACUUCGGCUAUUUAUUUACUUGCAAUGCAUCCAGAGGUCCUCUCUCGGCUUAGGGAGGAAAUAAUAUCGAAUUUUGGGCUAAAUGGCGUGCCUACAUAUGUUGAUAUCAAAGAGAUGAAGUACAUGCAAGCCUUUCUCAAUGAAACAAUGCGCCUUUUUCCUGCCGUUCCCUUUGGUGUGAGAGAAACCAUACAUGACACCACAUGGACUUCCCCCGAACCUGAGAAGGAACCACUGUUUGUUCCAGGGGGUGUUAUGAUCGUCUAUGCAAUCUUCUUUAUGCACAGAAGAACAGAUCUAUGGGGACCAGAUGCGUUGGAGUUCGAUCCGGAUAGAUGGCUCGACGAGCGCUUGCAGAAAUACCUGCUUCCUAAUCCCUCCAUUUUCCUUCCAUUUAAUGCGGGACCGAGGAUCUGCUUAGGACAAAAACUUGCCUACAACCAAAUGUCGUUUGUACUUCCCUCAAUGUGCCCACCAGCGUGGUGGGCUGAGAAAGACGGUCGGCAAGCAAUCGAGCGGUUCAAGCCGAAAAGCCACGUGUUACUUUAUGCCGAAGGUGGUAUGUGGGUCAAGAUGACAGCUGUAGAUGAUGUCGAAGUCAUACAGUGACUACACCGACUUUCCUGCUAUAUGACUCUCGACAUGUCCUAUUACCAGUAUCUUUCCUUGCAAGUUUGAGGGAUGACCUACUAAUUUAGAGUUUCUGCGUGAACAAAGUGUUGUUUGUUCAAAUGCAAUUGAUAUAUUAGUAGCCUUGUAAACAUCGAGAAGUGAUGAUUCUUGAAUACAAAUCAGUGACGCGCCAUUCUAUGCACAAC